UAUCACUCAGUAAUAAACCGACCCAAUUGUCUUGUCAUCUCUCUCUUUCCCCCUUUAGUAUCUGUCAAAUAAAUAUUUUCCGUUUGUCCACACUACUCUCCGGUCACCGGCUUUUCAAGAUUCCGGCAACUCCGAUGUAUCCCACAUUUAUUGUUACUCAGUGUAUAUCUUAUUGAUUUCUCCUCUUUAAUUGGGUUUCGCUUCAAUGAUCACUUAAAGAUCGAAGCUUUUCGUAGAAUCUACUCGUAAUGUGCGAAAGUGUUAGGGAUUUUACUUUUAUGAAGGGAAAACUAUGAAAUUUUGUUCUCAUUGAGGGGAAAUAUUUGAACUUUUCUAUUUUGGGGUGUUUGGAUUUCUACAUUUUUACAACCCCACGUCUUCUUUUUGCGUGAAGCAAUUGUGGGUCUAAAAAAAGUGGGAUUCUUGAUUGAUUUUAGAUCCUACAUUAUCCAAAGAAGUUAUCUUUUUGGGGUAUAUUGAUUGUGUGUGAUCAGCAAUUGAGUAGAACAAAAAGAAAAGAAAUACAAACUUGUGAGUUGAACUAAGUGGGAUUUUGAUUGAUUUUGGAUCCUACAUUAUUUAAAGAAGUGAGCUUUUCGAGGUAUAUUGAUUGUGUUUGAUUGAGGGAAAAAAAAAACACAAUAUUGUGAGUUGAAUAGUAAUACAAAAUGUGCUGAUAAAGUAGUUAAUCAUAGGGGGUGAGGGUUAAUUUGGCAUAAUGGGGCUAAAAGCGACAACUUUAGCAGACAGUCGUGUUGAGAAAUUGAAGAGUUCUAUGGUAUCAAAGUCUAGAAUGAUGUUAUGGUUGAUAAGGGUAACAACAUCAGUGCUGUUGUGGAUUUGUUUGGUUCAAUUGACAAUAUUGGGAGAGACUUGGGGUCCUAGAGUUUUAAAAGGCUGGCCCUCUUGUCUUUCUCAAGAAUCCGCGGCUCUACUGGCUGUUAAAUCGUCGCCUGAGGUCCCUGCUAGAGUUCUUCCACCAAAGAGGGUUUACAGGAAUAAUGGUUACCUCAUGGUUUCAUGCAAUGGUGGGCUUAAUCAAAUGCGGUCAGCGAUAUGUGAUAUGGUUGCUAUAGCAAGAUAUCUGAAUGUGACUCUUAUUGUUCCUGAGCUGGAUAAAACCUCCUUUUGGGCUGAUCCUAGUGAAUUUCAAGACAUAUUUGAUAUUGAUCACUUCAUAAUGUCCUUGAGAGAUGAAGUUCGAAUAUUGAAGGAGCUACCUCCAAGGCUGAAGAGGAGAGUAGAGUUAGGAACAAUUCAUACCAUGGCUCCUGUUAGUUGGUCUGAUAUUUCGUACUACCAUAAUCAGGUUCUUCCCUUAAUUCGGAAGUAUAAAGUAGUUCAUUUAAACAGGACUGAUGCUCGGCUUGCCAAUAAUGGACAACCUAUGGAAAUUCAAAAGCUACGAUGCCGAGUUAAUUUUGGUGCGUUGAAAUUCACCCCUCAAAUAGAAGAGUUGGGUAGAAAGGUCGUCAAAAUACUCAGGCAAGAGGGUCCUUUUAUGGUUCUGCACCUGAGAUACGAAAUGGAUAUGUUAGCUUUCUCUGGCUGUACUCAGGGAUGCAACCACGAGGAGGUUGAUGAAUUGACAAGAAUGAGAUAUGCUUAUCCAUGGUGGAAAGAAAAAAUUAUAAAUUCAGAUUUGAAAAGAAGAGAUGGUCUGUGUCCUUUGACACCUGAAGAAACUGCUCUUACUUUAAGGGCAUUGGACAUUGAUCGUAGUAUUCAAGUCUACAUCGCUGCUGGGGAGAUUUAUGGUGGAGAAAGGAGAAUGGCUAGUCUUGCUGCAGCUUAUCCCAAUCUGUUAAGGAAGGAGACAUUACUAGAGCCUUCUGAGCUGAGGUUCUUUCAAAAUCACUCCUCCCAGAUGGCAGCAUUAGAUUAUCUUGUUUCCUUGGAGAGCGAUAUCUUUGUUCCUACAUAUGAUGGAAACAUGGCUAAAGUUGUUGAAGGACAUCGCAGAUAUCUUGGAUAUAAGAGAACUAUCUUGUUAGACAGAAGGCAUUUGGUGGAUUUAAUAGACCAACAUAAUGCUGGAUCAUUGACAUGGGAUGAGUUUUCUACCGCUGUUAAGGAAGCUCAUGCUGAACGUAUGGGCAACCCUACCAAGAGAUUGGUCAUUCAAGAUAAACCUAAAGAGGAGGAUUAUUUUUACUCCAACCCAUGGGAGUGCUUAGAACCAUCUUAUGAGGAUGAAACUUCAAGCAGCAUGUAAACUAUGGUGGUGGUAACAUUCAGGUAGAGAAAAUUACUCCGGUGCACUGUGACAUAUUUAGAGGACGGACUUGCUCGUCAACACCUUAAAACAUUAUGCUGGAUUUUGCUUUGAUGACGGUUGUUGCAGUAGAGGGGUGAUGCACUUGAAAUCCUGAGAUCCUCGAAAUCAUUUGAAGGGGUUACAUUAAAAUGUUCCUUUUUUUUUAAUCCGGACACCCAAUAAUCGAAUACAUGUAUAGAAACUGUUCUGCCAUUGCAGGGAUAUAUUGUCAAUGGCAGCACACACAAAGGAGUACAAUAUAGAUUUGCCUUCCACUUAAUACCACCCUAGUUGAGCCACUGAGGCUCCUCCAUUCUUUUCUUUACAA